AUGGUGGCCGGAGAUUCGUCAGCUACCUACAGUCGGGUUGCAAAUGUCUCCAUUGCUUGUGGCACUAAUUUCACUGCGGAAAUUAAUUCAGAAGGUUGGAGCGGAGAUGUCAAUACGAAAUUCACACCCAUUGGUAGCACCACCUAUGGCACAAGUCCUAACUAUUCCUCUGGUUACUUAGAAUGGCCGUACCAAGGAGUGCGGCUUUCUCACUCAGAAUUUACUUACAGAUUCAAUCUCACCGCCGGCCAAAAGUUCAUUCGCUUCUACUUCUACCCAGCUUCCUACACCAACUUCAACCGCUCCAAAGCUCUCUUCUCCGUCAAAGCCGGUGACUUUACCCUUCUUGACAACUUCAAUGCUUCUGCCACUGCUGAUGCCUCUGGGGUGGCGACGUUAUACAAAGAAUUCUGUUUAAACAUUCACGAAGAACAGAGUCUAAAGACUUUCAACAUCACAUUCAGUCCAAGCAAAGAUGCCUACGCGUUUAUCAACGGUAUUCAAGUCAUGGAGAUGCCAACCAAUCUUUACUACUCUGCAGCAGAAAGCGCUGGGUAUCGGUACGUCGGAGGCAGCCAACUCAAGUAUCGCAUCGAAAACAGCACUGCUCUGCAGACGCUCUACAGACUAGACAUUGGUGGUGUAAACGGUGGUGGCGAAAUAGGAAUACGGUUUGGUGGUAAGACAUACUUUGUUAGUUAUGAAGUCCUGAACGUCUGGAAUUCUUCAGAUGAGGUGUACUUGGAUGCUUUAAGUGAAACAAUCAGCGUGCAAUCAUACAACGAUAGAAUCCAGCUCAAUUUUUUUAAAGCUCCCGCGUACUCAGCAGAAGGAGAAAUUUACCGUUCAGGCCGGUCAUUGGGGAUGAAGAAAUACAUCAACAAGAGCUACAAUCUCACCUGGACAUUUCCGGUAGAUUCUUCAUUCCACUACCUUCUGAGGCUGCAUUUCUGUGAGUUUGAACCAGGUAUUACCCAGUCCGGGGACAGAACAUUUCAAAUUAUCAUAGAGAACCAAGCAGUCGAAGAAGAAGCCGACAUAAUCGAAUGGACUGGUGGAAAUGGGAUUCCAGUGUACAGAGACUACGUUGUGUACAUGUCUGGCCCUGAGAAUAAAAUGAAGAGCUCAUAUAAUGAUGCACUCCUGAAUGGGCUCGAAAUCUUAAAACUAUUUGGGUCGAAUGUCUCAUAUACAGCAGCAGGAAAUCCUGAUUCACCGCAAGUGAAAAGACCAAAAAAGUCAAGUGAGUCAACUCUUUUGGUUGCCAUUGUUGCUGGUGUAAUUGCCAGCAUAAUUGUGUUCUCGGCGACCGGAUUCUUGGUCUUCAGGCGAGGAUGGAAUGGUAAGGACUCAAGAUCUAGCCACAGGGGAAAGAAGUCAAUGAAGGUCCAUAAGUCAUCUACACCAACUUAUUUCUGUCGUCGGUUUUCACUACCAGAGAUCAAAGUCGCCACUGAAAACUUCAAUGCUACUUCUAUUAUUGGAGUUGGAGGAUUUGGCAAUGUCUACAAAGGACAGAUUGAUGGUAAGGCAACCCUUGUCGCAAUCAAGAAGCUGAAGCCAGAUUCAUCACAGGGUGCCCAUGAGUUCAAGACGGAAAUCGAAUUGCUAUCCCAAAUCCGUCAUCGCCAUUUGGUGUCUUUGAUUGGAUAUUGUAAUGAUAAAGGUGAGAUGAUCUUAAUGUACGAGUACAUGGCACGUGGGACAAUCAGAGAUCAUCUCUACAACACUGAGAACCCACCUCUUCCUUGGAAAGAACGGCUUCAGAUUUGUAUUGGCGCAGCAAGAGGGUUGCAGUACCUCCAUAGCGGUGUCAGGGGCACGAUCAUUCACCGUGACGUGAAGAGCACCAACAUCUUAUUGGAUGAACACUGGGUGGCCAAGGUUUCAGAUUUUGGGCUGUCAAAGGGCACGAAUGACACGUCCAACACCCACAUCAGCACUCUGGUGAAGGGCAGUUUCGGGUAUCUGGAUCCAGAAUACUUCAGAACACAACAUCUAACUCCUCAAUCAGACGUCUACUCAUUCGGUGUAGUGUUGUGUGAAGUAUUGUGUGCGAGGCCAGCUGUGAUAGAUAGAGAGGAUAUUAGGCAAGCAAGCCUGGCUGAGUGGACCAAGAGCUGUCAUCAGAAUGGGGAACUCGAUCAAAUCAUUGAUCCAAUUUUGAGAGGUAAGAUUGCAGCCGAGUGCCUGGAUAAGUAUACUGAGGUAGCUAUCAGUUGCAUCCACGACAAUGGAACAGAACGGCCAUCCAUGACCGAUGUUGUUAGGGGGCUUGAGCUUGCCUUGCAGCUUCAGCGGAAUACAGAAGGAAAUAUCAACAGCAUUGAAAGGAAUGUUCAAACUGAAACCACCAGUAGUGAGCAAAGCUGUGCCCCCAACGAUUCCAUUAAAUGCAUAUCCCCGACAAUCUUCUCUGAGGUUAACAACCCAAGUGGGAGAUGA